AUGGCUCCCAAGAGGAAGACGGCUGUGGCCGUGGCACAGAGCAAGAACAACUCCAAGAAGACGAAGCAAAAGAAAGGGCCGCUUCCUGUGACUCUGCUUUCGGGGUUCCUGGGAAGUGGGAAAACAACACUGCUUCAGCAUAUCCUCCAGAGCGACCAUGGCCUUCGGAUCGCCGUAAUUGUCAACGACAUUGGUGCCGUCAAUGUCGACGCCUCAACCAUCCAGUCAACCCACCGUAUACACAAGACGGAGGAGAAGGUCAUCGCGCUGCAGAAUGGCUGCAUCUGCUGCACCCUACGACAAGAUCUGCUCUCCGAGCUGGUCGAACUGUCAGAGAAGCAUGCAUUCGAUUACGUUAUCAUCGAAAGCAGUGGAAUCAGCGAGCCAGGACAAGUUGCUGAGAGCUUUGACUCGAAGCUCACAGAACACAUGUACCAGGUUCUCAAGGAAGAGGGCCAGUUGGACGAGGGCGGAGCCUUGAAGAAACUGCACAAAGCCGGCGAGGCUGGAAUGGGCAAAUUCGCCCGCCUGGAUACGACUGUGACCGUCAUUGACGCUUUCACCAUAUUCAAUGACUUCAACACAGCGGACUUGCUAUCGAGUCGACGCGACGAUGUGACGCCCGAGGACGAGAGAACGGUCUCCGACCUGAUGGUUGACCAGAUCGAAUUCGCAGAUGUCAUUAUCCUCAACAAAACCGACAUGGUCAAGAAAGAAAACUUGGCAGAGAUAAGGGCUCUUAUAAGAACCUUGAACCGUGAAGCCAAAAUAUCGGAAGCCAAAUACGGGAAGGUCGAUGUCGGAGAGCUCGUGAACACUGGCCUCUUCAGCCUGGACAAGGCCCAGACGAGUUCGGGCUGGAUGCGAGACUUGCAUGAGUUGAUGCUCCGAGAGGUGAACGGAAAGACGGCAAUCACCCCCAAGCCAGAAACCGAAGAGUACAACGUGCGAAAUUUCAUCUACAAGCAACACCGACCUUUCCACCCCGAGAGGCUCUGGAAACUGGUAUACGACAAGUUCAUCCUGCAGCUCGAGCACCCGGAAGAGGAUGCAAACGAGGGCACUGAGCCGCCGGCGACGGCCGCGGGUGAGGAAAACGGAGGCAAUGACGAAAGCAUGAGGGAUGCGGAAGACGAGACUGAAAGUGAGGACUCGGACGAGCAAGACACUGACAUGGAGGACGAGGCGGCCACGCCGGCUGCGUCGGAUGUUUCAAGCUCAGCGCAGACGGCGAUGACGUCCCCCACAGCUGAUAAGCACGAGAACAAGGCAUCCGAUGACGAGGAAGAUGAAAAGGCCUCGUUCAAUACGAAGUCUGGGGACCUAGUCACGCCUUCUAAUGAGGUCGUCCUUGCCAACAAGCGCGCCAACCCCCUCUUUGCCCGGCUCUUCCGUUCCAAGGGCACUUACUGGCUCGCAACCAGGCCUGACUAUCGUGGCAUCUGGUCUCAGGCAGGGGCAAUGCUCACGCUGGUGGGCGGAACCAGGUGGGACGUCACGCUGGACUCAGAAGAGCUGUCACAACUGUAUCACCCGGACACCACCGACCCCGAGAUCAUGAAGCAGGUCCGUCACGACAUGAACAGCGGGGGCGAAUGGGGAGAUCGGAGGCAGGAGAUUGUGUUCAUCGGGGAGAAGCUCGAUGUCGCUGGCAUCAAGGAGGCUCUGGAUGACUGUCUUUUGACCGACAGCGAGUGGAGUCGCUGGAAGCGGAAGAUGAGGUCUGUGAUGAAAAAGCAAGAGAAGCUCAAGGCGUUGAUGCAGGGUCUGGAAGCUGCAAAAGAAGACUUGGUCGACGAAUACGACGAUGCGUUCCCUGAGUGGGAGGGGCACUUCCAAGACGAGGAGUACGGACAAGACGAGGAUGAAGAUGAGGGUGGGCAUGAGGGGCACCAUCACUAA